AAUUGAGUUGUACUGUAGAGUCGUCUGAGGGCGUUCCGCCACCGCAGGAAGAAAGCUAUUGCCUUAUUGCCUUAGUAGACACGGCAUGGAUGUGCAGAUCGAGAGCGUGUGCAAUGAACGAUGCUAACGGACAGUUUGGAUAAAACGCUACGACGAUUAGGAACAAACGGGUGUACGGCGAAAAUUCGGACAUAGGCGCAAGUACUGAUAAAGCUGAAAAGCUGUGUACUCGUGAAAACAAAUUGAUGUGACUUAGCCACGAGCGUGUGAUGAGAGCAUUUUAUGUGUUUUUUUGUGGUUUGAUCAAAUGCUUGCGAGUAGCUAAUUGAGGAAAAUGUGGAAAAUUUAAAAGGCGAAUAUUCGUGUAGACUAGUGGGAGCAGAACUAGCGCGAACGGUUAAAUAUUUCGAGGUACGGGUAUAAAAUGUUACGAGCUGCAAAUAAGUUUAUUGUUUUUAAGUGAAAAAAGUGUAUAGACUCAUAUACUCAUAUUUGUAUGUAGCUUAGAGAAAAUUUUACGAAAUGAAAUUAUUGAAAUGUUAAUAUUUGUAUAUACAAAAAAAAAAAAUUUAUUAUAUAUAUAUGUUUAUACAUAUAUCUACAGUGGUGCAUAAAAUUAAAAUUACUUUGGUUAUAAACAAUUUGUGGAAUGUGAAAUAGUAAUAACAAAUUUUUUGCGGAUACACACAUUUUAUAUAAUAAACGCAAAAUUAUAUAUGAGAAGUGUAUAUGCUAUAUUUAUAUAUGUAUAUACAGUUAAACUAAUUCAACUUAAAAGUGCAAAACAUACGUAUGUUUAUACGCAUAUACAGACUUAAAUCUGUAAAUACCAGAAACGCCUCUGUUUGUAAAGAAUUUAUUCGAAUCCAGCGGAAAGCAAAAAGCCAAAGACAGGAAGAGUAGCGCACACACCGCCAUUAAAGAAAAUCACCGGAUAUAUAAACCUUUGAGAAGAACCAACAAAUCUAUCAUCAAAGAAUUUGACAACUACAUUACCGCAGAUAAGGGAGAAGGCUCCAAUGUAAAUAAAUCCUUCAACAGCGAUUGAAGCACGACGCAACCGCAAACCAAAGUGUAAUCAAAAAUACCAACAACAAUUCAACAUUUACAUUUCGAGAUUUCCGCUCAAAAGGUGAUUGUCGCAACAGAUCACGCUGGGGAUCAACGCAGCCACGCAAAGUGAUCAAACAUCAAACGUUGAAUGAUAAACGGUAAAAACACAUGUUGCACACGAUCUACAGAAGUGCGUGCAAAUGCAUAGAAAACAACAACCACUGUGACAACUGGUAAAAUAACUAGGAACAACAACAACACAGCGAUAAGCGCUAAAGCAGCAGCAAUAAAUUAAAAGUAGAAAAAUAGAGAGUCUCAAAUUAAAAGAAACUAAAGUGGAUUUCCGGUGAAUCAAGAAGCCGAAACCAGCACAACAACAACGCACAGUGCUCACAGCAUCCGCAUGACAAAACCAUAUACACCGCACAUGUGUCAACGUGCACCCCUUGCGAGGUAUUUACAAAAAUAAACAGGCGGGUGCAACUAAAAAUGGAUGCAACACGCGACAUAGCUGCGAACGUCGCACCAACUGCAACAACAACUAUAGCAACUGGCAGGCAAAGGCACUCGAGACGCUGCUGGAGCAAAAAUAUGGCUGCCACAGUCAUAGACGCUGCCGAAACGACAACGAGUCAUAAACCACAGCAUAGUCGCAUAAGUUACAAAAAUAGAUAUCCACGCCAGAGUGGAGUUGCCACGACAACGUGUAGACGCAAUGCCACAAUCAGUAGCCACGCAGAAACAGUCGGACUUACAACGACAGCAGCAAUGGGCGCAGUUUCGGAAGUACUCAAAAUUAUCUGCCUCAGCAUUUUGCUAUUUUGCAUAUUCAACACACCGCAUACGGUGUUGGCCAGAAAGCCCACUUCGCAAGAGCUCAACGAUUACGACGAUGCGGUAUUCGAGGUGCAAAAGCGUAGCGAGCAAGAGUUUGGCACCGAAACGGCAGCAGAAAAUGGCGACAUCGAUAACGUGGGCGGCGAUGAGACAAACGGUACGCUUAAGAAUAAUUCCAAUGCCACGAUCACGGAUGGCAGCGAAACGAAAUCACCAACUGAUUUCGAGCCACGUUUCAAGAAUUCAAAAUAUCUGCCGAACAUACACUCCAAACCUUCCGGUAGUUAUAUACAACUAUCGUGCCCGGCAAUUGGCCGACCAGAGCCGACCGUAACAUGGACGCGCAACGAUACAAAAAUCUUACGGCAUAUGGGACGUGUGCGCAAGGUGAAAUGGGGUAUACAUAUGGAAGAUCUGGUGCCUGAAGACUCAGGCAUCUACAAAUGCCGCGUAUGCAACUAUCUCGGUUGCAUUGAGCACGCAACGAAAUUGAUCAUUAGUGAUCGUGUUAACCACAAACCAAUUAUAUUGAAAGCGCCUAUGAAUCUAACAUUGCCGCUAAAUGCGAGCGGCCACAUGGAAUGUGUCUAUUUAUCAGAUUUGCAUAGCAAAAAAACCUGGACAUUCACGCCAUGCAACAAAACAGCCUGCUCGACGAAUACUACAUUCCUGAAGAAUGUGGAAGACGUAGAUAUUUUAAAUUUCACCAAUGUGACGCCAGAAAAUGAAGGCUGGUAUACCUGCGUCGAAAUGAACGGACUCGGUCAGUCGCAUAGCAGCGCUUAUCUGCGCAUUCAAGAUCCCAAUGUACGCGCCAUAGCGAAAUCUAUGCACGGCUAUGAGAUAUGGGGUAUUGUGGCUGUCAUGGUGCUGCUUGCAUUGGUUUGCAUAAUCUUCUUCGUGUAUGUGCUGCGUAAAGUAAAGCACGAAAAGCUGCUCAAACAACGUAUCGAAACGGUGCAUCAGUGGACGAAGAAGGUGAUCAUAUAUAAGCCACCAAGUGGGGACUCCAGCGGCUCGAUGGACACUAUGAUAAUGCCAGUGGUGAAAAUUGAGAAGCAGCGCACAACUGUACUGCAAAGCUCCAACUCAGAACCGGCGCCAUUUAACGAAUACGAGUUUCCAUUGGAUUCGAAUUGGGAAAUACCACGUUCACAGCUGAUAUUGGGCGCGACACUUGGUGAGGGUGCUUUCGGACGUGUCGUCAUGGCCGAGGUUAAUAAUUCAAUUGUCGCCGUGAAGAUGGUGAAGGAAGGCCAUACCGAUGAUGAUAUUGCCAGCUUAGUACGUGAAAUGGAGGUCAUGAAGAUCAUCGGCAAGCACAUCAACAUAAUUAACCUACUUGGUUGUUGCAGUCAAUCGGGCCCGCUCUAUGUGAUUGUCGAGUUCGCGCCACAUGGCAAUCUAAAAGACUUUCUCAACAAAAAUCGACCACUUGCUGCCGGCACGCUCAAAGAUUAUGGCGAUCAGCAGCAUCAGCUACCGUUACCGAAGCACCAUCUCACCGAGAAGCAUCUCAUUUCGUUUGCUUUUCAGAUUGCGCGCGGCAUGGAAUACUUGGCAUCACGUCGCUGUAUACAUCGCGAUCUGGCUGCACGCAAUGUGCUCGUAAGCGAUGAUUAUGUCAUGAAGAUAGCGGAUUUCGGUUUGGCGCGCGACAUACAGGACACGGACUACUAUCGUAAGAAUACCAACGGUCGUUUACCAAUCAAAUGGAUGGCGCCCGAAUCGCUGCAAGAUAAAUUCUACGAUUCACAGAGUGACGUCUGGUCAUAUGGCAUAUUACUUUGGGAAAUAAUGACCUUCGGCGCACAGCCAUACCCAACCAUCAUGUCAGCGGAGGAGCUCUACAGCUAUCUGAUGUCCGGUCAACGUAUGGAAAAGCCACCAAAAUGCUCGCUGAAUAUUUACAUGCUUAUGCGACAGUGUUGGCACUUCGAUGCAAGCGCACGUCCAACUUUUGCUGAGAUUGUCGAGAACCUCGAUAAACUGCUCUUGGCCAAUGAAGAUUAUUUAGACGUGGCGGUGGCGAAUCUGGAAACGCCGCCCUCGUCAAGUGACGACGAGUCGGAUGCUGAGUCCCUACGCUAUCAUUAUAAAUAAGCCAAUAAGCCGGCAUAAUUUAUAGAUUGUAUAUACAUAAUUAAAUUAAAAUAUUAGCAUUGCAGGUAAAACAUAUCGCUCAACGCAAUACUCAUAACACUUAGGUUAAGUCGACGAAAGUAUUUCAAUACCCGUUAUGUUGCGAGCUCAAAUUAGUAUAUUCAAUUACUUAUAACAUUGGUGUAGUAAGAUAGACUUUAAGCAAACAUUUAUUUAAUGUAGAUUGUAAUAAAAAAAAAUAUUUAUAUCACACUUCUUUCAAGAAAAAGUUGUAGAACCAAAGGCAAAAUACCAAAAAUUAGUUAAGUCAUAGGCUACGACCCGUUGUGCAAUACUCGUGUAACUCGGCAAAUCGGCAGCUCAGCAUAGUUAUAUUAAUAUUUAAUUUAUGUUUGUAUAUGUGGUUACGUUAGGGUUGUCAUUAUUUAUGUAAACUACGCAAAGAAGAGCAAAAAAAAAUUAUUAUAAAUAUGACGUUUAAGUCGCUUAAUAAAGUUUUCGACUUAACAACAAAAAAAAUUAUCUAAAAAGUAUAAAAAAAACUAUAUAAAAAAUAAUGCGAGAUUUAUAAAUGUGGUAACAUUGUAUUAUGCGUUCACAAUAACAAAAUAUAUUAUGACGGUCCUUUUUAAGAACCAUCCGAAAGUAAUUAGCAUUUAUAAGACUUAUAGUAGCUUAUAACAGUAGGGUAUAUCGCACCUGAAUAAAAAGAAACAAAAACUGAAGCAGUAAUACAAAUAAAAUAUAUUAAAAAUUAAAAUACUGGAAAAUUAGCGGUCAGCAGUGGAUGAUCAACAAACAGCUGGCAUAAUUUUUCAUUCACGCACAUACACUUUUGUAUUGAAUUCCACUUCAAUUUUUUGUGGUUGCUCACUCAGUACAUUUUUUUUAACAAAAGGGCAAACGAAGGCGAUUUCGUUUAAAAUAAAACCGCUUCAAGCUACCGCACAUACAUAUUAUUUUGUUACUAUACAUUAGCUGUUUUCUAUAAGUAUACGUCAAAUCUUCGUGAAUGGCGAAACGAAUAAACAACUUGUAUAAAUUAAAUAGACUGGCAUAAAUCCAAUAGACUGGCAUAAAACAAGUAGAAAAUUAAUAGGUAUCUACUUUAGGAAGAUUUCUACACACUCUUUGAACUUUGUUGUUUUACUCUCAUAAACAUUUUUUGACAAGAGAGCAGAGCUUAGUCAUAGCGGACAGCGAGUAAUGAAUCGUAAAGAUUAUUAUACGAGUAUAUACGCACUGAACUAUAGUAUUUAAGUGCCUUCUAUGUAUAUUUUUAUUACUAAUUAUUAUAUUUUAUAUCGAAUAAGCAAUUUAAAUGUUUAACCAAGUACUCUAGCACGAGUGCACAAUAUAAAUUGAUGUAUGUAUGUAUGUAGUAAAAAGUCGAGCAAUAUCAAUAAUUAAAUGCUUUCAAUGUUAAUUUUUUAUGUAAGUGCCAUUCUAAACGGCGAAAUAAAUAUGCAAAUGAAUUAUUUAAGCAAACAAAAAUACGUUUAUUGAGAUUUUAAAAUUGAAACAGUGAAACUAUUAGUUGAAUAUUUGUAUUUUCGUAAUUUUUGCCGAACAUAUACAUACGUGGUAUUCUUAAAAUUAAGCAAGUUGAAAGAUGGUCUAGAAGUUCUCUAACAGCCAAGAUAUCAAUAAACCACUGAUGAGAUGUUGUAAAUCUCCGAUCACAGAGGUAUAAAAAGUUUGGUGCGUGCUAGUAGCUUCUACCUGCACUUUUGCUAAAAUGGGUAUAAGUCUCCUGUUUCUCUGACAAGUUGGAUUUCAGAUAGCGAUUUCUGAUUGUAAACUGCCAUAAAAGAAACAAAGCCUUAGCAACCAAUAUAAGAAAUAUCUAAUUUAAAA